AUGCAAGAUGUCCAAGUCAAGACAAAGGAGGCCAACCAUUAUUUCAAUCUAAUGGGAAGCUCACGUGGUUCACUCUCCAGGAGACAAGACACCCCAUACACCUACCGUUCGCUGAUGACAGCCCCUGUCAUGGCUCCAAAACCUUCUGAACUUGCUGGAGUUGAUUCAUCUUCAGCUCACUCCGUCAAAGCCCCUCUCACUUGUCUUACCGUUCGGCAAAUCAAGAUAAUUGAGCCAACAGACUCCAUCCUCAGCAAUUGCUCCAAUCUUUCGAAGCAGCUGAGCACAUGCGUCUGCAAAGGCACCAAGUAA